AUUCUUGAAGAGAUCAAAGAUAAUUUUUAUGACAAUGAGGGGGUUUUAGGCAUGGAGGAGGUGAAAAAGCUCGUUUAUCUUCAUGGUGCUUUGUGUGAAGCCCUAAGACUUUUCCCUCCCAUACCUAUUGAACGCAAGCAAGCAAUUAAGGCUGACACACUUCCUAGUGGUCACCAUGUGAAUCCAAAUACGAUGAUAUUGUUUUCUUUGUAUGCAAUGGGGAGGUUUGAAGAGAUAUGGGGAAAAGAUUGCUUGGAGUUUAAGCCAGAAAGAUGGAUAUAUAGAGGAGAGGUUGUUUAUGCACCAUCUUACAAAUUCAUUGCUUUUAAUGCGGGACCAAGAACAUGCUUGGGAAAGGACUUGGCCUUUGUUCAAAUGAAGAUGGUAGCUGCUGCUAUUUUACUCAAGUAUCGUUUCCAAGUGGUGGAAGGUCAUGUUGCUGCUCCAAGCCAUUCAAUUGUCCUUCUCAUGAAAGAUGGUUUGAAAGUUAGGAUAACAAAAAGAGAAUCAAUUUGAUGGAAGUGGUUCUGUGAUGCAUGUGUAUAUGGUUCUGAUUAAUCUUUACGUGACAAGUAAUCGGAUUUUGUUAAUUUUUGCUUAUAGAUUAAAAAAAUUUGACUACAUGUAAAGAUUAAUAGACCAUAUAUAAAAUAAAAUUUCAAUCUAUUUAAUAAUUUAUCCUUUAGUUUGUGUUAAGAGAUGUGUAUUCAACAUGCAUGUACAAUAAAAUGCAUUGGGAGUGGGAAAUA